CAGCGUCGUUUCCAUGGUAACCAGGCUGCGCGUCCUCCUUGGUGGCGAGCGUGGAGGAUUGUGUCCUGGAGUUGCGGCUGAGGGUGAAAAAUGUCCAUACUCACUUCCCCAAGAGGAAAGGUAGAAGUGGUGCAUUGCCGAAGAACAGAAUCGCAGGAUAUUUAUUGUAUCAAAAACCUCAUUAGAAAAUUUACUGAGAAGCUGUUUGGGAGGCUUAAUGUCAUCUAUCUUCUGGAAAAGGCAAACCUUGCUGUUACCGUCUACAAUGACAAGGAGGAGAUCAUGGCCCAGGCCACCUUCCUAGACUAUCCCAACUGGAAUGUUGCCAAGCAAGAUGACUGGGUGUCCGUAUUCCAGGAGCUCGACAGUGAAAUCCAGUGCACACCUCUGAACACAUUGUUCAUGCACCUCUUUGUGGCCGUGGAUGAGUAUUCUGUUGGCUGCUGCAAAGAGAUUAUUCGGACCGUAUUUAAGGCAGUGCCAGAACUUCACUUCAUAUUUCUCAUAGUGCCAUGCUACAUGAGCCUGGGCUCAGCUCUCAUAACUGUGUUUGACCCAGUGGGGAAUGUCCCAAGUCUGACGUUUGACGAGGACUUUGCCGUGCAUGUUUGUCACAGACAUAACCAUUACCCUCAGCUGCACAUUCGCAGAGCCAGGGUGGAAGAUCAUGAUGAUCUUAUGCCAAUAUUUCUGCACCAUGACACCAUUCUGAAGGCAACUUAUGGCGAAUACUUCCUGGCUGAACUAAUAGAGGCCCAAGAUGAAGAGAAUCAUGCUGUCGUGUGUGAGGUGGAAGGUGUAGCUGUCGGGUUCAUGAGUGUGUGCUCAAGGGUGAACAUGCAGCUCCUGCAUGAGUGCUUUGACUUGGGGCCCUUCCACGGACUCUGCAUCCCGCAUCCCGAUGACAUUCUGGAACCACCACCUGAGCUAAGCAUUCAAGAAAGUCAAGAUGCUGAGCUCAGGAGUAGCAGCCAGAGUUCCCAGAAAAUAGUCGAGGAGCUACAGGAACCUGUCUCUCCAGAGGCCAUGGAAAGAGUCCAGGGAAAAAUCCCAGAAGAAUCUGCAACUGAGGAACUUUUAUCAACAGUCCAAAGUGGAAAUACUGGUGAAAUGGAGGACAUGGAAAAACUCAGUCAGGUGUCCACUGUGAUUGAUACAGAUUACUAUAUCAGCAAUACGAGUUUGGCGUCCAUCUCGCCACCAGAGGAGACCAGCCACUUCCGCCCCAUCUACAGGGGAGCCUCAGCCGCUUUUUGUAUUCAGCUGUUUUGUAUUGAUGAGACACACGAAGCAAGGUCGCUGGACUUUAUGAAUUUUGUUUUCAGUCUUUUUCCUGACAAGAACUUCUGCAUCAUUUCUGUGCCGCAUCUCACCCCUGAGUUUGUCCUCAUCCAGAACUUCGUGAAACUGAUCCCCUUCAACAACUGCACCCUGGAGCAGGAUCUCUACGUCUUCCACCGGGCUGGGUUGCUCAAGUCCAUUAAUAUAAGAUUUGCCACUUUCUCGGAUACUCCUGGUGUUGAAAAUCUCGUCAGCACCCUGAUGCUGAGUAAGAGCAUACUGGAGGAUUUAAAACAAUACAACAAGGCUCACAGAGACCCUGAUGGGACACCACUGCAGGCAUUUGUAGCUGAAGUUGCAGAACAAGUAGUUGGCAUUGCAGUGAUCAGAAAUGAAAUGGAUGUGGAGUACAUACGAUCGCAUUACAACAUCGAAGACUUCAUCUACUUCAGUCACCACCAGCGCGAAGAGCACGGGCACUUGUAUCACUUUGCCCUGAACCCCAUUUUCCGGCACUACACCAAGUUUUUUCUGAAGGAGAUCCUUCGGUUAGGCUAUAAGUCCUGUCUCUACUACCCUAUUUACCCGCAGUCCAGGGAAGGCAAGUUCCAGAGCUCCUACGCCCACUCCCUGACAUCCGCCCUUCAUUGCUUGGUUCCCGUGCGACCACGACGACAGAUUGUCUAUCCCCUGGAAAAGCUUGGCAUCAAUGCUCCAUCAAAGGCGGUCUCCAAGGAGCCGAUUCCCCCUUUCCAUUGAUGUUUUACUUUCAAGGCAAAAGUGGUCAUUCAAGAUUCAGACAAAGGUGUUGGAGAAAAUAAAGCUGGCUGCAUUUGAGAUGUUUGGGUCCCAAGUCCUCAGCUGGCUUGCUAACUCCUCUGAGGGGAGUCAGGAUGAUUGGAACAUAUUCUCUGUCCUGGGAUGGCAAGGACUUUUGACCUUAAAAUGAAUGGCCCCUGGUUGCUCUACCUACCAGAACAGGAAAAGAGAUCAAAAUGGAAGCUAGAUUUCACUUUAAGUGGAAAUGUACGUGUAUAUGGACACACAGUUCAGUAGCAACUGGAAAACUGUGAUUUUGUCCAGUUGACUCACAUGUAGGCUUGUAGUGUUUGUAUACACUUCCACUUAAAUAGGUUGAAAAAACUCCCUCAGUGGGCUGACAUUUGUCCUUUGUGAGAGAGAAAAGAGGAAAGUGGAAAGUUUAAACUCUCCAAACAUUUAGCCAAAAAGUUGCUGGUUGGAGCUAGAUACAGUGCUCCGAUAAACGACUCACGCCGAGCUGAGUGCCGCGGGAAGCGCAUCGUCUGCCACCCCAGCUCCCACCUACACCAGGACCUGUCCUAGAGCCUGCUGCUUACUGUAAGUCUUACAUUUAUCUACAUAUUUGUAAAAUAAAAAAAUAAACUUGUGUUUAUUUUCUGAUAAGUUCUAAAUUUUUGAGUAGAGACCAAAAACAAAUAGCAAUUCUCCCCCCACCUCGGCUCUUUACUGUGGAAAAUAUCAAGCAUAUGCAAAAGUAAAGAGAAUCAUGUAAAGCAGUUUGUCAUUCUGUCGGUGCUGAGGAGCCUUGUCUUUUAAUACAUAAUCCAUCAUAGACUGACAGUUUUGUGAAAAGUGAAUUCCUAAAACAAUUAGGUUAAAAAACAAAGACAGACAAAAUUCAAAAUUACUAAAUUUAGCAGACAUUGAAUGACUCUGUCCACUGGCUAUAAAAGCUUCUGAAUGCUUCUCUCAGUUGCUCUACUCACCUCUUCACAGAGCAGUGACAGUCUGCAGAUGGCACCUCUCUCGGGCCGCAUGUUGAAGAGCACUGAAGCUCCCGCACACUCGGCUCUCAGCUUCAACAAUGUUCAACUCUUUCGUUCAGGAUCUUCUACACACCUGUCCAUUUCCCCUUCCCUUCCUCCCUUCUCAUUUGGAAGUAAUCCCCAAUGCAUAUCAUUUCAUCCGGGGUCACAGGUGUGUUCGUGGGUAGCAGGGCUCACAGCAUGGCAGCUCCCGCUCUGUCCACUCUAGAGACAAGGGUGCCGCGCCCCCUGGAGUACCCUUGGGAUGGCCACCAGGUGCUCUGUUUGCCUGUGGAGAUCCUGGAAAUGGACUCAUUUGGAACGAGAGCCAAGACCCACGUGAAUGGCACAGAGAUAGUGUGUUGGGGUCAGGGAGGGUGGCUUCAUCUAUGUCUGUCACUGAAACACAGCCUAUGUAGAGUCAUGCUGAUCCCGGGAGAGAAGGUGCCGUGGGUGCUAAGUAUGUGGGUGCAGCUUCUGUGUCAGAUCAGGGUAAGAGGAGAGAUGCUGCCCUUUGGCAGCCACUGCUGAGACACCUUCAAGUGUGGAACGACUAUACCACUGAGCCAGGAGAAGCCCUCACCCGUCAGUGGCCGCCCGUGCUCCGGUGCCUUCAGUCAGUCCUCUGGUGGCAUUUGUGGUGGGGCUGGAGGGGACAGGAGUGCGGAGCUGUCAUGUGGAUAUCAAAGAGCACUGUUUUUCUGAACACCAGGAGCAUCUCUCACCCCCCACCCCGCCACCCCUGGGGAUCUUCAGAGUUGGACAAUGUUGAGGUGAGCUGGAGCUCCAGGUGGGGAGAAAGCCAGAGAAAACAUUUUGUUUCAUUUAAAACAAUCCUAUCAUUACUUCCCAGGUUGGUAUGAGUUGAAAUCAUUGCUUACAUUUAAUAACCUUUCCCGUGGUCAUCUCCGUGUGCUAUGUCCCUCCAGAGCCCCGGCUUACUUCAAGAUGUAACAGAGGAUGGAUUAUUUAAAUCCCUAGUCCAGGAAGACAACCCCUUACCCGAUGGGUGGGGCUGCGGCAGGGUACCUGCUGCUGUGCUGUAGUGUUUGUGGUAUUGGCGAAUUCUGGUACUUUUUAAGAAACGCUUUUCCUGCCACUUGUUGUGCUCAUUCUUGAGAAGGUUUUAGUAAAGAUUUAUAUUUAGUAAACAAGAUUUAGUAAAAAUUUUAGAAAUCUUAAAAGUUUGAUCAAGAGCAUACUCCACAUGGGGUGGCCUGGAUGGUCAAAAGUUAAAAUGCUACAUUUUAUUAUUUUUAAUUAUUUUUUCUUUUUACCAUUUUAGAUGAAUUUAAUGUUUUAGGCUGAUUAUCUGAGACAAGGUGAGCCAAAUAUGAAUCUUCUUAGGAGUAAUUUCUAGAGUCCUAGGUACACUGACAUCUUAGCAGAGCGAAUAGUAUCGCAGCCCUUGAACUGAAUGAAGUUGAAUGAUUGAUAUUACUAAAUGAAUUCCUUUUUUUCUCUCUUUUAGUUUUGCAUCCCCUCUUUGCAUGGAGCUUUAGAUAGGCUCCUCAGCUCACUCACCAUGUCCACACAUUUCUCUUGCUGGGCACUUGCCUUUCAUACCUUUUAUCGUAUUUAAGCUAUCUCAGAGUGACCAUCCGUUCCCUCGCUUUCACGUAGGAAGCCAGUCUUCAAGGCAACAGAUCACUCCAGGCAUGAGGAAUGGGAUAGGAAGCGUUUCAUCUCAGUGGGUUGCCAAUUUGAAUCUGGCACCAGCCAGCAGUGAUUGAAAUUCAUCACCGCAUGGCAGGGAAAUAUGCCCCCUCCCCACCCCAAGGCCCUGGUAGUUUCUGCCUGGUUUGGAUGGUAGGUGUCCCUGCCACAAUACCUUCCCUAUCGUUUCUAUUAAUUGACAGCCUGCCCCAUAUCAGGUCAUAAGAAAGGACCUGGAAAACAUGUAAAUGAUUUUCAUCACACUUUAUGGACUUAGGCCCCAAAGAUUCAUCAUAAUAUCUCCACCGUCAACCAGUAUAGCUUCAUGGAUAAGAGCGAGGGCUUUUUCCUGACCAUACUCCACGUGGGAUGGACCUGGAAGACUCGUUUCUUAGCUUGAAACGGCCAUGUUGGCCUGUGCAUUUAUAUUCUGAGAAUUAUUCUGAUGGAAAAUUUUUAAUAAAUGAAUCCAUUUAAUAAAUGAAUCAGCAUGGCUCACUUUCAUGAGAGAUAUGAUCAGGAAAACACUCAAAAUUUGGCUGAAUGAAUUGAAUGACCAUAUUAUUUAAAGACUAUGGAGCAAGUUGACCCAUACUUACUUUGAGAUGGUUCUAUGUGCAAACCUGUUUUUUUCCUUCCUGCCCCACUCCAGGGAUUCAGAGAUGACUGUGACACUGUCCCUGCCCUCAAGGAGCCUACAGUCUAGUGGCAGUCUUACUGUGGGACUGCUCGGGCUACUAAACCAGGAUGGCAGAGGCCUGCACAGCCCCCUACGGUGAAAGCCAGACUCGGGAGGAAACCCAGCCACACUGGGUUAGACCCAUCCUGCGGAAUCCCUUGGGAGGGAAUGUGUUUGGUCCAAGGCACCAUUUCCUUUGAAAGCUAGGAUUUAAAGUGACUCUUAUUUGUCAUAUUAAACACCAGAAAGUCUGCUUUGAACGUCAACAGCUCCUGCCCUUUCUUCAGUCUCAAUAACUGCUCCCACCAUUCAUUUCAGUGCUUCCUCUUGGUUUAUAGUGUUCACAGAAUUAUAGUGUGGACUCACGUCUCUCUCUCUUUUUCAGAAUUUUUUGGGACAAAAUCAAUUCAUCAUUUUUCCUGAGGAAUCUUACUUUCGAUCUGCGCCUGUUGUUAUUUUGGGGGAGAGGUUGUUUAUUAGUGAUGGUCUGUUUAAAUCUCAACUAAUGAAUUCUUUGAGGCCUUCACUUUCCCUUUGUGCUUCUGCAAGGAAAAAUGACGGUUUAUUUAACCCCUCUUCUAAGAGCUAAGUGCUGGCCUGCUUUUUCCUGGUAUGUGAUCUCUCAGGAAGAUGUCACUCACUGGCAUUCAGUUACCCUUUGAAUUGUCCCUUUUCAUCUCGGCUGUUCUUCCCCAGUCCAGCUAUAAUUACCAUCUGAUGGACUGUUACUGGAUACUGUUUCACUUGUACAUCUGCUGCCCUAGGAAAUUGCAUUAUUCUCCCAGCACCUGCUGGAUUUUCCCAGCUUCAUUGUUUCCCAGCCCCUUUCCUUAAACCUGGACACUCUCACUGCCCAUGGUUAGACUUCCCUUGGUGGUUGUACUUGUGGUACGUGUGUGUAUGUGUGUUAAAAUCAGCUCUUUAGCAUCUCCUUGGUCAGGGUUUCUGGAAGUGCAAACCCAUACUUUUCAGCACCCUAUAUACACUGGUCAUUAUUAAUGUGACUAUGGCGAUAUUUUCCUGAAAUGAAAUUAACCCACUUUCAAUCACUGCCAUGAGUCAAGUUUGCUUUUUCAAGUCAUUUCUCAGCCAUUUUCUCUGUAUUUAUACUACCUAUGGUAAAUGCAUUUCUUCCUAUUUAUGGUGAACCCUUUUCUCUGAGAUUCUUAGAAUAAAUUUAUAUAAACUCCUUCAUGAGCUCUUUUUUUUUCCUCCAAACAAAGAAUACAAGUUCUGUGGUCAUUUUUUCCCAGUUCUCUGAACACUACCUAGUUCGGUAUAUACAUAAUAUGUAUACAUUCUUCAGAAUGACUUAUAAAUCAGUGGUUUAUUCUCAUUAUCAUCAUAAUUCCUCCCUCUUAGGAAGGCUACAGAGUAAUAACAACUACUGCUGCUGACAUGUAUGAGCUCUUGCUAAAGGCUUCCCCAUGAAUUAUCUCAUUUAACCCUCACAUCAGCCCUUGUAAAUAGUUACUGCUAUUGUCAACCUCAAUGCACCUAAAGAAAACAGGCUUGCUGGGAGGGAGGGUAAAUGACUUGUCCAAGGGCUAAUUCACUGACAGAGCUUCACACCCAGGCAGUUGGCUGCUAAAUCUCUACCUUCAACCACUACAUAUAUACUCUCUUAUCUAAAACACUGAAGUGCUGAUAUCAUGAGUCAUUAUAGGAAAAACAAACCACAGAAAAGGAAGAUGGCUUGACAGAGACCUUUUGGAAUCUCCUAGAUUUUUGGCACCAGCUACCUCAUCAAAAAGUGACCCACAGACAAUUGGCUUUCCCCCAGAGCAGUUUGGGUUUUCCUCUUGGCUGAGUCCUCCACUGUGGGGUUUGAUCCAGCGCCAGCCUGACCCUGGCUGGGCUUGGCUGGGGAGGAGCAGACAUAUGGGUCCCAGUAGGUGUGCCAGGGUCAGUUUUUGGACACCAUCUGAUCCAGGCUGUCUGCACUUCUCUCUCUGUUGCAUCAGUUUGUUGUUAUAAACCUUUUGAAAUUGCUGGUAAAGGAGGAAAAAUAUUGUAAUCCCAUGUGCAGGUUUCGUUAUAAAUUUCUCAAGAUGCAGUUCCACGUUAUGUGUGGCUUCACAGUAUUCUUAUAGAAAGUGCUCGAGUAAAUGCCCAGGAUGAGUGGCUGGAGGUUUACUUGGGAGGUGAGGGAUGGACAGGAUGUGCACUGAUGAGGUGAUUGACAAGCCCUGGACGUUGUUUAGAAAUCGGGCUUUGGGGCUGGCCCCGUGGCCGAGUGGUUAAGUUCGCGCGCUCCGCUGCAGGCGGCCCAGUGUUU